AUGUCGAUUUUUGGUGUUGUAUGGCUUUUAAUUGAAGUUAAUUUAAUUGGUGGUACAAUAUUUGGUUUUCCAGCUUUGUUUAAAAUUUUACCACAGUAUGGAAUUUAUGCUAAUAAAUAUACAUUUGCAUUCAAUUUAUCUACUAUUUCUGCUAUUCUUAUUUGUUCAUUAAAUGGUUUUUUACUUGAAUUUAAAGCUGAUAAAAGUAAGAAACAAAAAUUAUUGAAUAUAUCAUUAAUGCAAACAAUAUCAUGGCUUAUAAAUAUUGUCACAUGUAUUAUAUGUAUGUUUGUACAAAAAGGUAUGAUUAUUUCAGCAUUGAUAAUCAAUUGUUUUGCAUGA